AUGUAUUUUCCGUUUAGAAAUUUUAACAAAUACGCACGAAAUACGUACGAGCCAGGCAAAGAAGAAAAUAUUGUAGCAUGCGAUGAGUUAAAUGUAACGAGGGAAGAAGUUGAGAGACGCAACAAAGAGAAUAAAGAAGCGAAAAAAUCAGAAGGUGAUUCUAACAUUGACAACAAACCUGGUGAUGAAAACGAAUCUAUUACUGCACCCGAUACUACACCUGUUGUUGAACCAAAUGAUAACAUUGUAAAUGAUACAGAUAUGAAACAAAAUAGCUCACAUUCUGACAUUGCAAAUCCCAAUGCAACCGAUUUAUCAUCUGGUAGUGAAGAAUCGGGUGCUGAAGUUGUAAAACGCAGUAGCAGCGAGGAUGAUUCCUUAGCAAGUCAUUCAGAUGAUUCGAUGAAACCAGUUAUUGGAAAGAAAAAGAAGAAAAAACGAAAAAAGUUGGGAGGAAAGAAAGAUGUAAAAACAAAAGAGGAGGUAAACAAUGACGAAAGCAAAAGCGAUGAAGAAAGUGCUGCUAAAUUAAUCCAAAAAUACAUAGUAAUAAAGGAUGGAAAGAUGCACUACAUCGAUUCGUCUAGCGAUGAGGAAUUAUCUGCAUAUAGAUCAAAGCAAAACGCAGAGAAACGAGCAGUGGAUCAAAGUGAUGUUGAUAGUUCAUUACCACAGAGUACCAGUAAAGGUCAGGAUAUCGUCAACUGUGUUUCCUCUGUGCCAACUGCAGUUGAGUGCAACAAAACAGAGAAAGAAAAUACAGAGCUAUGUAUAAAAGAACUUCCAGAAACAUCUGUGGAAUUAGUUCUUGAGACAGCGGUUGUUGGAAAAAAGAGGGAUACAAUAAUAAAUCGUAAGAAGAAAAAGCGGCCAAUUUGGAUGACAUGGAAAUCGAGUAGCGAUGAGGAAUCUGAUAAGUGCCAGGUGGGAAAUGUUGAAGAAGAGCUUGUUACAGAAAAGCAGCUUGACCACAAAAAAAUUGUGAGAGAAAAGAAUUUCAUGGAUGUUAUCAGAGAGAAGAAGCAGAACAACAAAAAAACGGGUGAGAUUGUUGAAAAACAACAACAACAACAGCAACAACCAGAACAACAAAGAGAAGAUGCAAAAGUAAAGAAUUCAAUGGAUAAGAUUGGCGAGAAAGAACUAAACAAAGCUAAGAAGGGCGAAAAAGAUGAGAAGAAAAACCAACAACUGGAAAAUAAAGAAGGGGUCAAAGGAAAGAAAAAGAAUUCUGAUGAUAAAAUAAAGCCAAGUGGAACCGGACAAGGAAGUUCAACAACAAAACCGGAUUAUGAUAUUGAUUUAGAUCUUGAAAAUGUCACAUACGUGCCAACAAUUUUUGAAGGAACUAACUUUAAACUUCCAGGACACACGUCUAAGACAGUGAAGAGAAUUUCUUUCAGUGAUAUGAUUGCAGAGCUCCAACCUAAACGACCAGCAAAGAAGGUCAUCAAAAAGCCUGAAUCACCACCACCAGUGCGAAAAUCAGCCGCAGAAAUACAAAAAUCCCUCGAUGAGUUGUUUACAACUGACUUGCAUCGGGAAGCAGCGUUGCGUAGCGAAAGAAGAUCACGACAAAAAAAGCUAAGUCCAGAGGAAACUGAAUUUCUGACGUACAUUCCAAAGAAACUAACAAAAGAAAACAAAGAAGAUGAUGAACUUGUUGAUGAUUUAUUCAAAGAUGAGCUGGCUUUUGUCAAACGGCGACCUAAGAGUGGCAGACGAUACCAAGCUUGCAAUAACCAAUGUAGCCACAACAGUACAUCAAAUUAA